AAACCACACACGCAAAAAAAAAAAUAAAGAAAUAAAGAAAUAAAAGGAAAAAAAAGGAAACCAACUUGUUCAAGAAACAAUUAAAAUGGCAGAUUCACAGGUUUUAAUUGAAGAAUCUAAGUUUAUCUCAUUUUGGGUCUUCAUUUCUUUGGUUUCCAGUGAUGGAGUCGAUUACAACGACAUCUCUUCUUGGUCAUAGUCCUUUGCAUGGUAGAGUUUCUGUAAGGGACAUUUCCGGCAAACAGAAACCAAUCAGUUAUCGACUCCGAGUUACAGAAUUUACCGGCAGAAGAAUUGUUGUGUCGCCUCUUUUACCGAGGUUGAAAGCCGAUAGGUUAGUUAAUUUAGGGGUAGAGGCUCGUGCGAUAGAGCUGACGAAGGAGGUGCAUGCGUAUAGAGAAGAAGAAAGAUCUCCUAAGAAUUGGAAGGAUGAAAUUGAGGCUGGUAUCGUUCAAAAACCCGAUUUGUGGCCACCGGAAAAUAGAGCCGAUAAGCCUUCCUUGCGUAAUCCCCGGCUUCGUCACGAAAGGAUGGGUUGUGGUUGGAUAGCGGCUAUUUUCGAAUGGGAAGGAGUUAUAAUUAAAGAUAACCCUGAGCUCGAGAAGCAAGCAUGGUUGACUCUUGCUGAAGAAGAAGGCCGAUCCCCUAUUCCAGCCUUUAUGCUGAGAAGAAUAGAAGGGAUGAAGAAUGAGCAAGCGAUUUCUGAAAUCUUGUGUUGGUCUAGAGACCCGGCAUCGGUUAAAAGAAUGGCCGCGAGGAAAGAAGAAAUUUACCAAUCUUUACAAGGUGGGGUGUAUAGAUUUUGUAAUGGAUCUAGUGAGUUUGUGGAUAUUUUGAUGCAUUACAAUAUUCCAAUGGCUUUGGUCUCGACUCGGCCGAGAAAAACUCUAGAGGCUGCAAUGAGAACAAUCGGCAUCGAAGAGUGCUUCAGUGCCAUUGUGGCGGCAGAGGACGUAUGUCGAGGAAAACCCGAUCCAGAAAUGUUUCUAUACGCUGCACAACUUCUAGAAUUCAUUGCAGAGCGGUGCAUUGUAUUCGGAAACUCUAACCAGACCGUCGAGGCAGCUCAUGAGGCACGGAUGAAGUGCGUUGCUGUUGCUAACAAGCAUCUUGUCUAUGAGCUCAGGGCUGCAGACUUGGUGGUAAGACGUUUAGACGAGCUUUCAAUUGUUGAUUUAAAGAACCUUGCAGAUAUAGAGUCACCUGAAUUCGGAUCCGGAGACCCAAUCCUGGAGAUGGAGAUAGACGAGGAAGAUGAUGAACCGCCUGCAUCAACAGCAAUUGAUGAUGGUAUUUUCUGGUAACCCCCUGAAAGAACUGUAAACUUUUUUUUCAAUGUUCUUCAUAUGAUUCUUGAUGAUAAUUUGUUCCAUUUAUUGUAUAGCAAAAAAGGAGCAAAAAACAUGAAGAAAAUAUAAAAAAAAAUGGUGGUCUGCAUUGGACAACCACAUGAUUUAUUUACCCAUAGAUGUAUAGUUGUAUCAUAUACAUGCUUGCUUUUCAAAUUUCUAGUUAUAAAAGGUAAGAUUUCGUA